AUGCAUCCUGUUGACGCGCAGGUAUUUGGGAGAUUUCGAUUGGACUCUGCCCCUAGAAGACGGGCACAACCACAGCUUUCACCGACCGGCCGACCCACUAAGCAGUCUCGGAAGACACAUAACAAAUCUCGCAAUGGUUGCUCAACAUGCAAACGGAACCGAGUCAAGUGUGAUGAGGCUCGACCACUUUGUGGUAGAUGCUCCAAACGUCAAAGCAUCUGUGUAUAUGAGGAGAAGCUGUCUCCUGAACGUAGAGGCGAGGUCGGUCUGCAAGAAAUUGUUCUUUGUGACCCGUCGUUAGGGAACCGGGGAGAACACGAACGUCUAGAAUGGCGCAUUGAGCCUGGCCUUACAUACUCACUCAUCAACAACAUUCUGAAUCAUGGCUCACCACACUCAAGAGGAACCAAUAUCCCCGCCACCGCCAUGACACCAAGUACACACCUGACACAACACUUGGCGCAAUGCAUCGACACAUCCUUCCAGUCUUAUCCAGGAUGUCGAUUGUUCCAUCGAUUUGUUUUGCCCAACUGUGCAGCUACCCCGGCGCUUAUGCAUGGUCUCCUUGCGCUAUCUGCUCGACAACUGCAACACCUUCAGCCGUCGUGCCGGCUUCAUGAACGAGCCUACCUUUUCCAUACACAGGUCGCUACAAGAUUACUAAACGAAGAACUCGCACAAGCGACAAUAGCAGCCAAAAAGCUGGAUUUUAUAUUUGCCACAUGCUUGCUAAUCAAUAUGAUAUCUUUCGCGGCAAAUGAGACUAUCCCUUCGAACUCCUGGUUGUUCAUGUCCGAUAGCACAUCCAUCGAUAACGCUCUUAACUGGUUCAUGGUACAGCAAGGAAUGGGCUACUUGUCCAAAAUUCUCAAUUGCAAUCCUAACGGUAGUGUCUGGAACACAGAGCUCGAUGCUGACACAUCGUGCAACCCACUUUUCGGCAUCAGCGAUGACCUUCCGUCUGAUUCAGACUUGGCGCUGAUACCCCAAACACUAGCCGAAAUCUGUUGCAUCACUGCAGGCAGUACCCCUGGCGAUAACCCGUACUAUACACCUCUCGUGUUACUUUCCCGCGCCUUCCGGAUCAAGAGCUUGGGGCUCGGCAACCUUAACAGCUAUUUAUCAUUUGGCCCACAUGUACCGCAGUCUUACCGCUUGUUGCUUCGUCAGAAAGACGAGAGGGCGCUACUGCUUUUUAUGCUAUGGCUGAUGCUAUUCGAGGAAGAAACAUGUUGGUGGAUUAAACCACGCACAGGGAAUGAGUACGCAGCCGUGUCGUGGCUGCUUGGCCAGAGUGAAGACCACAGAAUCAGAGAGAUCGUUCGAGACCCAACGACUUUUGUCCGAUCGAAUGAUUUUGUGUAG